AUGCCGAUGCCGGGGGGCGGCGGGGCCGCGGCCGCCGCCAGGGCCCCCCCGGCCGGCGACGCGGCGGCGGCGGCGCGGGAGGAGGAGCAGGAGGAGGAGGGCGAGGAGGAUCUGCGCGACGGCGGCGUGCCGUUCUUCGUGAACCGCGGCGGGCUGCCGGUGGACGAGCCCACCUGGGAGCGGAUGUGGCGGCAUGUGGCCAGGAUCCACCCCGAGGGCGAGCGGGUGGCGCAGAGGAUCCGGGGCGCCGCCGAUCUGCCCAAGAUUCCCAUACCGAGUGUGCCUGCGUUCCAGCCGUCCACCCCCAUCCCUGAGCGCCUGGAAGCUGUACAGCGCUACAUCAGGGAGCUUCAGUACAAUCACACUGGGACACAAUUCUUUGAGAUUAAGAAGAGCAGACCUCUGACUGGGCUGAUGGAUCUGGCCAAAGAAAUGACCAAAGAGGCCCUGCCAAUCAAAUGCCUGGAAGCUGUGAUCCUGGGAAUUUACCUCACCAACAACAUGACCACGCUGGACCGUUUCCCCAUCAGCUUCAAAACCCACUUCUCAGGGAACUACUUCCGACACAUUGUGCUGGGGGUGAACUUUGGGGGCCGCUAUGGGGCACUGGGCAUCAGCCGACGUGAGGAGCUCAUGUACAAAGCACCCGUCUUCCGCACACUAAGCGAACUCAUCUUUGACUUCGAAGAGGCGUAUCGCCGCUGCUGGCACACACUCAAAAAGGUGAAGCUGGGCCACUGUGUGUCCCACGACCCACACAGCGUGGAGCAGAUCGAGUGGAAGCACUCCAUCCUGGAUCUAGACAAACUAAGCCGGGAAGACUUCCGCAAAGACCUUGAGAGGCAUGCCCGUGACAUGAGGCUGAAGAUUGGCAAAGGAACAGGGCCACCAUCUCCUACCAAGGACAGAAAGAAAGAUGUCUCCUCCCCGCAAAGAGGUCAGGCCAGUCCGCAUCGGCGCAACAGCCGUGGGGACCGACGGCCGUCUGGUGAGAAGAAGCCUACUGAUUCCAAAGCCAUGCCAGACCUCAACGGGUACCAAAUCCGUGUGUGAAGAGAGCUGUGCCUUGUGUGCCUGGCUCCACAGACUUCUUGCUGGCCACAAUUGGGACCUGCACCAAUUCUGACAAAGGGGAUAGGGGAGCAGGAAUGGAACAGAGUGCUGGUCUUCCCAGGUACUUCCGAGUGGGCCAGUCCCAGAGCUGGAUCCCAUGGGUCCCGUAGGGUUCACCUGCCUGUUUCUGGGAGAGGUGUCCAUCUUAAUUCACUGAAACAAGUAUUUUUUUAAAAAAGAAAUAAAAAGAUCUGUACAUUUGUGGGAGUGUGCUGCAGGGAGAAUAGGAAGUGAGUGGGAUCAGCGAACUUGUUAUCGAAUUUUUUGGGUUGACAGCACAUAGAUGAAGCAUCUCGUCAACAGUACUUCUUCCCUGUCUGCACAGGAGUCUUGAGCCCAUGCAAGGCCCACAGGGCUGAGGGAGGAGUGAUGCUGGAAUGGGAUGGCCCCUGCGUCUUGUGCAAAAAUUCCUGGUUUUGUCAUUCUGCACGCUUUGUUUAGCAUUGCUCUUGUGAGAAGGCAGAAUUUGCUCAGCCUGAUGUAUUGAUCAUGCAAGGGCCUCUCAUCUGGGGUAAUCAUAUCUUGUAUGUUUGAUCCUGCUUAUUUCAAUGCAUUUCAUUGACUCUGAGAUGGUAGAUGGUGGGAUGACAAUCCUCUUCACCCAUUGUGAUGCUGAGGAGCUGUUGCAAUAUGUCCUUUUGUGGUAAAGUGGGUCAGGAUAUGCCCAUGCCAUUGCCACGUGAAAACAGGCACAGAGACAUCAAUCAGCAGUGGAGGCAGAGGGAGGCACGGGAUGGUUGGUAGCCUGAACUUUGAGUCAUCCCUUCAUCGGUCUUCUAUUAAUUUCUAGUGAUUGCUACUGUGAAAGCUCGUGGAAGACAUUUCAGUCACCAAGGUAUAAGUUUUAAGAGUGAAUAGCUAAAAAGGAUUUAAUGAUCUGAACAGGUUUUACAAGCAUUUUUCCUUUCCGCAAGGGUCUUUCUCCUCUCUCGCUGAUGGUAGUGCUAGAGUUACAGGCACCUGUUGGUGGGAAGCCCUGCUCAAGGAGAUUGCCUUCCUACCACUUCAGCCUGGAGACUCCUGAAAGUUAUUCCCCCUCCCAGUCCCAGAGCUGUGCUUGUGUUCUGGCUCUUCCAAUUGCUGCAGUAUUUAACAGCACCACUUACACUAGCCUUCCCCAAAUGGCUGGGCAGGGCCUCUCCACCUGGUUACAGCCUUGAUUCUGCCUACCCUUCUUUUCAUAGGAGUGUUGUACUACUGAUUAAGCUGUGUAAUGCUUGUCAGAAAUCUGGAGUGUUGUCAGGCCUCUCUUUUGAGGCCUAGGGCUUGGACACUGGGGUUGCCAAAAUCAGAACAGUGUGGCCUCGAAGUGAUCUGGACACAUGGAUCCAGGGGAUGCAAAAAUUGAGCCUGGGAGUUGGUGUCCUGGAAGGAAACUAAGUCUUGUUUUAUAACAACACGGACAAGGAGCUGAGCUUUCUGAAAUACUAAGUAUUUAAUUUUGUUAGAACUGGGCUUAUGCUUUCUUGUGGACUUGUUAGAAACAUGAUGGAGCUUAGCUCCGUCAGUACUUUUUGUUGUGGUAUAGCUGUGCCAUACUCAUAUAAGCAGUGCUAUUUUGGUGGUGGAGAAUGGGCUCCUAUCCCCACACAAAUCAUCUCUUCUGUUGAGUUAAAGCAGUAUUAAUCACUGAAGCACCACCCACAAGCGAUUUAAAUGAGGCCUUACAAGUUCCUAAUUGUAAAUCCCUAAUUGUCAUAUCCAUGGAGUUAUAUCCAUGCCAUGCAGUCUAUCCUUUCAAGCUCUCUUAGUUGUCAUUAGUUUUCGGCUAUGCUGCAUGACUAGGAGGACAAUCCAAAGGGAGAUCAACAGCAAGUUAGGCUACCUAAGACAAGGUAAUUGCAAAAGAAGAAGCUUAUUUCCACAGUGCAGUACAACACCUGUCCCCUCCCUUGCGCUCCAGCUACAUGCAAUAAUUUGAAAUUAGAUGUCAGUAGCAAGCCAAGCAGCCAUUUGAAUGCAUCCUCUGAUCAAUUUUGUGGCUGUAAAUGAUCAUUGUUAGUAUCCAGACACUAAAUAUGUUGUUAGCUGUAAAGGUACCGCAGCUAACUUUAACUAAUAGAGGUGACUUGGAAGCCAAAAACUGCCUUUGUGUACUGUUUGCUAUGCAGCAGACUGAAAGUUCAGGUGCCACUGUGAAUCAUAUAAUAAACGCAAGCAGCAAAGGAGACUGCAUGUCAGGCUUUAUUAAAGUGGAUGAAAUCUAGGGGGGAAAAAAAUGUAAUAGUCACUUAUUUGAAACUGGGAUGCAUCCUCACCAUGACUUUGGUUAGUUAAAUCAGAGCAAUUGGAAAACUCUUGAGAAUAAUUAGUAGCUUCAUACAGAGCACAUUCAAUAACUGGACAGACCUGAGCCUUUUUAGCUGCAGAGGAGAAGUGUGUUGGGUGAGAGAAGACUUCAAAAAAGAUGGGGUAACUGAGGGGUCAGCUGCAUGCUAAUGAUGCUUUUUUAAGAGCAGGGCAAAAGGGAUGUUGAACAGUGUUGGAUCAGCAGAGCAGAAUGGCUUAAAACAAAAUGCUUUGUUUGACCUGGUAAUUAAGCACUUUCCUGCAGGAUGUAACUGAGGCCAAUAGUUUAGAAAACCAAAGGAAGUGGAUGUUUAAGGAAUGAAUGACAGGUAGAGUUCAAGGUUUCUUAAUCCACAUCCUCAGCAGUCACCACCUGUAGCCAGACAAGAAUAUCCUCUUUUGAGAUUUAGUUGCACAACUGUGUACAUUAGGAGGCAUUUAAUUCUUCUUAUGCAUCUGGUAUUGACUUCUUAAGAUGGACACAGGAGCAGAGCCCUCUGCUAGGGUUACUAUUUCAAGCCUUCUUCUAUUUCUCCGUGUGGAAGAAGUUCUGCCCCUUACUGUCUCAGUAUCCCCAGUUUAAUAGAUGGUGCAAAGAAAUGGAAAAUGACCAAUUUUCUCCCCCCCCCAGCUCUAUAACGAGAUGAAUAGCAUCAAUACAAAGCUUAGCUUCAUUGCUAACAAACAAGACUAUUCCCCUGUGAUACAGAAUUAGUGCAAUCCAGUUUUAUGCCCUAAGGAACUUGUGGGUACAAUGAAAAAUGAACCCUGCUUUUGCACUUCAGCUCCCUCAUCCAGCUAGCCUGGCUUCUGGUCUGUCUGCCUUUAACUGUAAGAGGAAAGGCUGAAGGCAUGUCUUUCUCACUUUUGCAGUCCUGACAGCUACAGAGAAGGAAUGAAAAUAAGUAGGGGGUAUCUUGUACUCCAUAGUGCCAGCAGGACAAAAAAGAUGGCUCUUGAGGAGUCCUAUUAAUUAUUUAAAGUUAAAUAUUAACAUGAUUGCUCACGUAGCUCUGGCCUGUAAACUUCCACUAUUCAGUACGUCUCAUCUGAUGUCUGUUCUGCAGUACAAGUCCCUCUGAACCCCUUGCAAGGGAACAGUGACCAUGCACUGAGAAUGGAUAGACACUGCCUAUGUUGUAUGUGAAGUCUAGGUCAGCUUUGAAAGACUCGACUUCAACAAAUGCUGGCCUACUACUAGCAAAACUAUUUUAAAUGUAACAUAAACCUUGAAAUAAAUAAUUUCUCUUUAUAUUUUAUGUAGACAAGUCCCUUGAUAGCUGGCCAAUUGUAAUUUUUUGAAUGGAUAAAAGCAUCAGUGAGUAAAACCAAGAACUUUCUGCUGUGGUGUCACACUGGCAUCAAUAUAUACUGAGAAGUAGGAUCAAGACUCCAUCAGCCUGUGACACACUAGCUUUUUUUUUUUUUUAAUUCUAAUGUGAUGAGCUAAAUGAGUCUUUAGGAAGUUAAGGUAUGUUAGCAAGUGUUUUAGCUGGGAGUGGAGUGCUUUUAUUUAGUUAACUAUGACUAUUUCACCUGUGUGCCACUGUAUGGGUCAGUACAGAGUAUGCUUGGAUGCCUACCAGAAUAAAUGACUCCAGAACUGUGGUUGAAACAUAGUUUGUGUUCAUACAGUAGCUGUGUUGCUGUUUCCUGUUUAACAUGAUUUUUUUUAAUUAUUUUUAAGUAUUUCAGGUGAAAGCCUUAACCAGGUGCCUGCCCCUUAAGGUGGGCUCACGUGUGGUGUUGUAUAGACUGAAACAUGACUGUCCUUAAAAUUGCAGAUUUUAAGAAACCAUAAUGAACAGAAGAAUCCUAUUGUUGCCAAAGGGCAAGAGUCUGGAUUAGAUGGGCUUUACCCUGCUCCAGUGGUUCUGGCUAAUUACUUUAGGUGGCUGCUUUAACCACUUGCUCUUUCUAAGUCAAGUGUUUAAAGCAGCCCCAAUGAUCAGGUGCCAGACACGAGCAGGGCAUGCCCUGUGUCCCACGCGUACUGUGUGUGUAAGUAGGUGAAAUAACACCGUGUAUUCUAGUGGUCUUACACUGUUGUCCUGUCAACAUUAAGAUCUUCAUUAUGGAGUUUAUAACUUAACCUAAGAAAGCAAGUGCUAUUCUAGCUUGGUUUUCGCUCUGCCAGAGCAAGGUGGAUAUGGUCCUUCUGCAACCAAGCUGAACUCCUUAGGGAAUUUACUAUUCUUGUCUGUUUUCUGAGCAGGUGUUUACCUGUAUCACCAACCACUCUCCUUCAGUGAUGCCCUGGCCCUGUCUGCUCAAAAGCAACUCAAUUUAGGCCCAGAAGGCUACUGAAUCCCCUGUGAUCUCUGCAGAGCAGAGUUUCACUCCAGGUCAGGGUUGAGAUGGUGCUAGUGGGACCAGAGUGGUCCCCUUCCAUGCACAUCAGUAUUCUACUCUAGCACUGAUAGGGUGCUUCAAACCAUUGACAUCUUUAUCACUGGUACAGCUCAGAACUAACUAAGAAAUGGAAGGUUUCUUUCUUUUAAAAUUAUAUCAUGUGUGUCUUUUUGUAAUUAAUCAGUGUGGUUCUGUGUCUUUAUGUAGCCAGCACAGAACCCUUAUUUAGAGUUAGUUCUUAUUGCACUCCCCAUAGCCCUCAUGUUGAUACUUCUUCCUGCUUCCUUUGACACUUAGACAAUAAAAUUCCCUCUGUACUGCUCUCAGCUUGUGCAGAGAAAACAA